AUGGCACCAUGGAUGAUGGGAGAAAAGUUCAAUACUGUGUAUCCACACAAGGGUUCUAUUAAAGCUCUGUGGGAGACAAAGUGGAAAUUCUGUUGUGACAAGGCGAUCUAUCCCUUCCAUGACGGCGAUAUCAAGGACUUUGAACCCAUUUUCGAAAAGCUCAUCAAGGAGAACAUCAACGACGCUUCCUCAGAAGCCUACACCAAGGCAUUCCUACCAAUCGCAGAAGACUUGGAGAAACAGGCAGAUAUACUUCAUCAAGAUGGCAAACGCGAUACGGCAUCGGAUCUCUACCGACGCGCCGCGGUAGUUCUUCGCAUCUCGCGAUUCCCCUACGUCAGUCCCGCCAGUCGAGCCGAAACCUCACUCAAGAGAGUUGCCUUCGAACGCCAGAAGAAGGUCUAUCUGAAAGCCACCGCACUCUGGCAGCCGGUGUUAAAAGAGGUGGUGAUCCCCCACGAACAAGGUCUGAGCCACGAGGGACAACAGAUCUCUCUAUAUCUUCGUCUCCCCGAGGAAGCGUCUGCGUCACACCCCGUGCCCGUUGUUUUGCUCAUGACCGGCCUGGACGGAUACAGACCGGAUAACAGCCAGCGGACUCAUGAGAUCAUCGCUCGUGGCUGGGGCGUGGUGAUCGUGGAGAUUCCAGGGACGGCGGAUUCUCCGGCUGACCCUGCGGAUCCUGAGUCUCCGGACCGUCUGUGGACGAGCGUGUUGAAUUGGAUGAAGACCCAGCCAGAGAUGGAUAUGAGCCAUGUCGCUGCGUGGGGACUGAGUGCGGGAGGCUUCUAUGCCAUCCGCGCGUCUGUCAUUCACAGGCAACGUCUGGUGGGAUGUGUGGCCCAUGGGCCGGGUUCUCAUCAUUUCUUGAACAAGGAGUGGUUGAGCCGGGUGAACGAUCAUGAAUAUCCAUUCACAAUCACCGAUCCCUGGGCUGAAAAGUAUGGCUACUCCAGCACGGAGGAGUUCAUCGAGAACGCCCAGAAGAAGUUCUCCUUGGUUGAAACGGGCGUCAUGGAUAACCCUAACUGCCGGCUGCUCUUGUUGAAUGGCGUGGACGAUGGCGUUGUCCCGAUCGAAGACUGCCAUGUUCUUUUCAAUCACGGUGGUCCCAAGGAAGGAAGAUUCUUCGAGGGUUUGGUCCAUAUGGGCUAUCCACACAGUCUGCCUGUCGCGUACCAGUGGUUGGAAUCCGUCUUGUCGCCUAACCAGCCCGAGUUGAAGAAUUAG